AUGCCGGCCUUGAACCCAGAAAUGGCGCCUACGGCCUUGAAAUUCUACACUCAUCGCGGUGUGGACCUUCUCAUCUCUCUUCUACAGUUCCAGCUCCCACAGUCCGGCACACUCCUUCGGCGCCUUCAGCACGACAUAGUUCGCAAAUCGCCAACAGCUUGUUACUUGGCAACGUUCCCGCCUACUGACGAGCAAGCUUCAGCCUCCCAUCCUGCUUCGCCAUGGCUGGUUGCAUAUGUAGAUUUGUAUGCGUGGCCAGGGACUCAGGUAUGGUUGUACUCCAGUCUCCAGGCCGAGAGUAGCACAGUUCCUGGGCAAAAGUCGACACUCAACUCUAGCGAUGCCCAUUUGACCGCAGCUCGUUCGCAACUGCUAAGCUUAAUAACAUACUGCUUUGAUAAACUUCUUCCAAGGUUUAUUUCUAGUCCGGAAGCCCAAGGCACAUCGGCGAACGGAGGUCAUGGAGCUCAUCCAAACCGUCCGCCGUCUAGGCCACUUACGACGAUCUUACUCGGCAGUGUGCACUCUGGUGUUGUAAAACUCCUAGAGGAGUCAAUAGGACUUAUGAGCCGUCCCAGAUUCCACAUACCCCAGCCAGAUUACUGCGUAAAAUAUUCCUUCGCUCGCUCCGUGUACGAUCCGGUGUCCAACGCAUCCUCCUCCCUUCUCCCCCCGGGAUAUCGAUUUUGCACACGUGACGGCGUAGAAGGGUUCCAGUCGUACCACUAUGAUCUUAUAAAGAGUCGUUCUUUCAUAGUCCGCCAGAGAAAAGCCUUAGAAGACAUGGCCAGUGUUGUAAUGUAUCACGACGGCACCGGAAACAUCAAAGAGAACGGGCGUGAUGGGGAGCAUGGCGCGCAAGAAAUGCCCGUGGGCUGGGCCUUUUUAGGUUACGAUGCCAGUCUCGUGUCAUUGCAUGUUGAACAGGAGCAUAGAGGUCGUGGAUUAGCAGCUGCCCUUGCGAAGUCGGUGAUGCGACGAGGGAUGCUGGACAAUCGCCAAUUCUGUUUUGGAAAGGGGGAUGGCGAGGAGCGGUGGGCGUUCGCUGACGUGAUGUCGUACAAUGAUACCAGUCACCGGGUCAUGGAGAAGAUGGGCGGCGAAUCCGUCUGCACCGUGUCAUGGGUCUCCAUCGCGCCGUGCACUGACGAGCAUCGCAUCGGUGAUAUGGCGAAAGGCAUCCAAUGCUGA